CUUCCCCAUAGCUGACAGAGGCUGCUCUUUAUUCUUUAUUCAGUCGAGUAGACUCGCCUCAGCUCGUUUCUGAGAGCUGCACGGCUGUUAGAACGUCUAUCUGCGACUAAUACACGUUUAUCAGAACGUUAUAACGUCUAAACGACUGUUGUUUUUUGCCUGUUUGUUGCUCAGGUGCUCAGGGAACCAUGGAAGGCGCGCGAUGCUCAAUGGGGGAGUGACCGUGUCCACCAAGGCUGACCAAAGCUGAUGAGGAACACUUUUUAACCAGCUUUCCAACUCCAGUACCAACUAUCAGUCUACCAGUCUGUUUCUAAAACGUUCCUGACAGGUAACCAACAUGGCUUUUGCACGCUUUAUACGUCAGUAUGUGGAACCGGUGGUGUUCUGCGCACAGGUGGCCAGCGCCUUCUUUGAUACUGGUCUCCAGAUGGUGGUGAAGCAGCGCAGCCAGAACUCUACAAGCAACAGCAGCACCACUGACCACCAAGACCACAGUCAGAACAUCAUCGCCAACUUCUACAUGAUCUUCAACAUGCUGACCAAGUUCGUCCCCAUCAUUCCUGCACUAGUGUUGGCGCGAAUCGGGGACAGGGGUUACCGGAAGGUCCCCAUCGUAGUCCCUCUGGUGGGAUACACCGUGUCCAGGGCAUUGCUGCUGUUCGUGAUCCUGCUUGAUUGGCGAAUAGAGGUGAUGUACGCCGCCCCAGUGAUUCAUGGCCUUUGCGGAGGCUUCUCGUCCUACUGGGCCGGCGUCAUGGCGCUUGUGUCGGUCACCACAAGCGAAGAAGACCGAUCCCUCCGCAUCAUGCGCACAGAGCUGGUGUACGGCAUGGCCGGCUUCCUGGGCAGCCUAGCCUCGGGUCACCUGUUCCAGCUGUACUCGGUGGACAUAAAGCAGGGUGUGGUGCUUGCGAGCAUGAGUGUGGUGCUCUAUGUUUUCUGUCUCCUCUACGCCACCUUUGUCCUGAAGGUGAGCCGGCUCGCCCAAGACGGUCUACAAAGGCAGGACAGCACCGGCAUCAUCAGCAACCACUUCCAGCAGGACAAGAUGAUCAUCGCCCUGCUCUUCCUCAGCGGGAUCUUGUACGAUGUGGCCGUUGGAGGCGGAGUGGAGAUGCUGUCCAUUUACGUCCUGAAGCCACCUCUGGCGUGGAGCGCCACGGAAGUGGGCUACGGGAAUGCCGCUGGAAACGUCAUCUUCAUCACCAGCUUUCUGGGCGUGAAGCUCUUCACCAGGUUUUCUGUGAGCGACUCCAGCAUGGUCAUGAUAGGCAUGGUGUCAUUCAUGAUCGGGAUCUACUUCAUGACCUUCGUCACCUCCACGGCCAUGUACUUUUUAGCCCGUUCUGUAAUGUUGUUUGCGCUGAUCCCAAUGCCAACCAUCCGCUCUCUACUGUCCAAGCAAGUCCGAGGAACAUCAUAUGGAAUGACUUUCACAUGCCUCCAGCUCUCCUUCAGACUGGCCAGUUUAGCUACAACACCCAUCUACACCAAAAUCUACGAGUCCACGCUGGACACCUUCCCUGGAUUCGUCUUCAUCUUAUCCAGCUGCAUCACCUUCCUCUCUGUUAUACCCAUCAGUGUUGUAGGCUGGUGCACUGUGAAGCGGGAUAACUAUGAGAUAAUCCAAGGGAACUGAAGCAGGCGGAUCUUCACCUGAUUGAGAGACUAUAAGAAAGAACGCGAGAGUACUGUGUUCUGUCUCCUGCUGUGAAAGAAAAAAAAACAUUUAUUAAUUUUAAACAGAUGCAGCUCACAAUUGUUACUGUAACCAUAACAUAGUGUUACUGUAUUACAUUUUACAUUAGACUGGUAAUGUUUAUUUGUGAGACAUUUGGUUUGUCUCAGCUGUUUAUUUGUGUAUUGCGCAUUGUUACAUUAUUGUUAUUAUAGUGUUACAGUGUACAUGAUACAUGAUAUAGUGUAUAUGAUUUUGUAUGAGAAUUUUACUGUGAUGUUAUAGCAGAAAAUGUUGUUUUUUUUAGUUUAUUAGGAGACCGAUCAUUUACUAUUUUAAAAUGUAAAAUUUUUGUUAUUAUUACUGCUAUUAUUAUUGAUGUAUGUAAUGUUCUUUUUUAUGUUAAUACGUGUGUCAAUUCUGAUGUAAAACUUUACACUGAAGUGCUGGCACUGAGAGGCGAUAUGAGAAGAAUAUGAUGGAUUGAAAUAUUCUUUAUGCAUUUAAGUUGUAAGCAAGGAUGCUACUGAAUAUACUGUACUAUCAAAAGGCAUUAACACAUCAUUUAUUAACCCAUUGAACCCUUUAUUUAAUAUUUAGUUAUGAAUCCUUAUGCAGAAACAACUCUGAACAAGGAUAUCUUGUGAAGGAAUCUCACAGGGUUACAUUUUUGGGGGAAUAUUAAACUGAUGAUAAUUACCAAAGCAGUGUGAGCGUCAGUAUUUCAAAUGCACUGAUUAAAAGGGCUCAGAUUUCAGAUUAAAACACUGAAACGCACAGUUGGCCAUGCUCUCUCUCUGGGGGGGUUAGAUGGUGCUCUCUACCCUCUUCACUCCUAGUUUAAUGUUGGUCAGCACUGGCAUCUGUUAGCUGCUUUAUUAGAGUUGGGGAUCUGGCGCUUUCUUCUGAGUGCACUGGAUGCAUUAAUUAGCUUAGCUUAAUUUGUGAGAAAAUUGCCAAAAAAAAGAAAUGCACAACCUAACCCCUGUUUAAAGAUUGUCCCAUUCAAAAUAACUGUAUAUAUUGUUUACUGUUAGUUGUACUAUUUUUUGUCUUUUCUGUUGACUUGUCAUAUUUUGUAACUGAACAAACUGAAGUUAAACUGGGGAGAAAAACACACAAACUGUCACAGACGACAGUCAAUACCAAACUGCUAGAUGUCAUUAUUCCCAGUUCAAUGAUUUGUAGAAUGUGUGCAUUUAUUUUGCUUGUGUUGAUUUUUUUCUGUUGAUGUUGUGUUUAUAAUUAUAAUAUUAUAAUAAUUAUAAUUACAAUAAUACCUGUGCAAUAUAGCCCCCAUGCUUAUUUCAUAAAUGACUUGUUCCAAGAUUUUAUCAUUAAAAAAUUAAAA